AUGGUAGUAUUGAAUCCGAACAACUGGCACUGGGUGGACAGAAACACUUUACCUUGGACGAAGGAGUACAUGGAAGCGCUCGACUUGAGCGUGUCGUGCGACCCACACACCGUCCGCAUCGCACGGGUGGACACGGUGAGUGGGGACUCGAACGUUUCGCAACGAAAGGGCAAAGUGAUCUGCUACUUUGAUCUCGACGUGACGUUCGCGGUCGAGGUGGCCGAGACCGAGUCCGGAGACAGCGUGUGUAACGGUACGGUUCGAGUUCCGGAGCUCAUGCACGACGAGCAGGAUUUCGAGAUCCGUGUGGAGGGCUUUGGCGACCACACCGCGCAAGUGCAACAGGUGUUCGUGCCGGCAUUACGUGAGGCGCUGGGCCGUUACCAAGAAGACCUUAUUGCACAGCACUCGAAGGACGUACAACAGACCUGA